AACUCCUUUUACAUCGUCUGCAAGCGCUGAGAUGAAGAAAUCUGAGGAGAAUGGACAUGAGGACUCAGAUGCAGAAAUUGAUAUCAGAUCACCUAGUCCUGUUGUAAAUUCUGGUCCCUUCAAACACCUGUAUGAUGUUAAAGUACCUACAGCAGUAAAAGAUGGGGAUAAUUUGCAGUUCACCAUUACAGUCUGUAAUCCAGACAAUGACGAAGAACUGAGUACAGUAACUAGAAUUUAUGAUGAUAUAGAAUGGUUGCAGCAUUGUUUAAUGACACAGAACAGUGUAUCAGGAAUUAUAGUACCACCUUUACCAAACAGACCAGAAACAGAUGCUAAGGCAGCAGAAUCUAAAUCAAAGAAACAAUUAGGAAGUGGUAGUAAGGUCAUGGUUCAAGAUGAUUUUACUAGAGACUGUAGGAGUGUAGAAAACUACCUUAAACUUAUUACUCAUCAUGAAGUGUUUGGUAAAGAUGAAAAUCUACGUAAAUUUCUGUUGGAGAAAGAGGCAGCAGUGAAAGCCAAGGUUAAGAGAGGGUUCUUUAACAGAAUGUCAAAUAUGGUAGAUGAAGCCAGAAAAGGGCAGCAUAAGGAUGUUGAUGAAUUUUUUCAAAAGCAAAGAGAAUGGGCUGUCAAUUAUGGAAAGUACAUGAAAGAUGCAUCACUGAAUUUCAACAAAAUGGUAUAUGCUCAGAUGAGAUUAGCUAGUUGUUAUACUCAUCUAGGAACAUGUUUGUCAGGAGGAACUAUAGACAGAGAUGAAACUUCAGUCAGGAUUAACAAAUAUCUGGGAAAACUUGGUGAAGGCUUAGAAAGUGCUAAGCAUGGUUUAGAGGUAUUAAGUGCCAAUGACGAGAAGACUGUUGCCUUUCAGUUAGACCUGUUUGCACGGUAUAUGGAUGCAGUAAAGGAAAUGUUGUUCAGAAGAACGUGUUUACUGGUGGAGUAUGAAGAUGCAUGUAAGGCUUUAGAAAAAGCAAAACCUAACAAGAAACAGGCAGCAGAAGAAACCAAAGAGAAAGCAGAAAAAUUGUAUGAAGAAUGCACAAUUAAUGCAAGAAAAGAGUUGAAGACAUUCCUACGAAACAGACUAAUAUCCUUUGAAGAUUGUUUGUCAAAGUUUGCAGAAUCCCAAAUAAAGACGGCAAGAGAUACAUAUACCUUACUUGUGAGAUCACUUACUGAAAUCAAACAAAUGGAUUAAUGUCUUAUUGUUGCAAAAACUGUUAUAUUUAAUUUAUUUACGAACAAAAGAUAUACAACGAUUAUGACUUUGGAAACUUUUUUACACAAUUUUGGUCAUGUUUUGAGGACCUGAAAGUCAUUAUUAUUUUUUUUUCUCAAAAUCAAGUUCAAAGCAGAAAUCACGACAUAAAAAAACCUGGUUAAGCAGUUUAACAGACUAGACCAAAUUGAAUGUUUGUUAUUUGGAAAUACAUUGUUACAUGCAAAAGUUUAAGAUUGAUAUGAUUUUAUUGACUGUUAAAAAAUUGCAAAUUCCUCAGGAAUUGAUGGCAUGCUACUUUCGAUUUUGAGAAAUGAAAUAUAAACAGGAAGUCAGAAGUUCAAAUUCUAAAAUUUCAAAUGAAUGAAUUUAUUUUGACAAUACUAGGUUGUUUUUGACAGUUUCAAAUGGCACUAAAUCUUUGUGUUUUUAAAUUUUGACUUGUAAAAAGGUUUUUAUAUGACUGAUAACCAUUUAAAUUAUUUUUGUAAAUUAGCAUGAAAGUAUGGCAUAUUUUACAAUAAAAGGUUGUACUUGUUAAGAAAAGGGGGGAGUUUGAUGCUUGCAUAUUGUGCUGAAAACAAAGCAAAUGAAUAAUCUUUUAACAAGGAAUUUGAAUAUUAUACAAUUUUUAUUUUACAAUAUAAAUUGACAAUUGCUUAUUCUAAAAAUUUAUUAAAUACUGAAGAAAAUUUCCUGUUUUUAGUUGAUGAAUCCUUAAAUAUUGUUGUAUUUUUUUAAAAACUAAAAUUUAGUAGGAAAAAGACACUUACGGGGAAUCAAUUGAUAUAUAAAAUAUAGUUUUUAAAGUGGUGUAACAUCACAUUUUCUAUGAAUUAUCAGGGUACAAAAAAGUAUUUUGCAGGUUAUAUAAAAUUUAUAUUUUGACAUCACUAGUAAAUAAAUAAUAAGCUCUCCUUUUAAAUGGCAAAUUGCCUCAGUUGAGUUAAAGGCCCUAAAAAUGGGACAGUACCAUUGGUUGUUUAUCUAUAUAUAUUUUAAUAAAUAAAUUAGUGUAUUUCUAUUUGUAAUGUUUUCAGAACGCUUAAUUUGUAGGUAUUAAAAAGUACUAAUUUUAGUGCAAUUCUAGUCAUAUUUUGUAUAUGUUAUAACGUUACUCAAAAAGCUUUACAUUAAUAUAUUUUUAUUAUAAUAGUUUUCAAUUGUUUCUGUUGAGAACAGAUUUGUUUGUUUUAAGACAGUUAUUUGUCUAUAUAGUGUCUAUUUGAUUUUAUCUUAAUUUAUCUAAACACAUAACAUAUGAAAAGAUACACGCACAUACAAAUACUGAGAAAUUUUCAUUAUGGGUAUCUUAAGUUUUGUUUAUAUUGGGAAUAAAUAUUAACCAUGAAAUAAAAACCAUAACCAAAUUUUAACCAACAAAGAAUAAUACUUUCACAUACUGGAAACCGUUAGAAUUAAUCCUCUUGAAAACAAACCGACUAAACCAUGAAGUUUUAACUCUAUGAAAAUAGAUAUUUCUAUAGUAGCUGAUUUCACAGAUUAUGUUUACGUUUUUUUUCCUGUUAACUAUAAGAAAAUUUUUCUUAAAGUUUAAAGUAAAAUUUUCAACCAGAAUUUUGAUUAAUCAAUUUGUUUACAGUUAACGAUAGCGAUUUGUAUUAUUGGAUGAUUGCUUCAAUCUACUUAUUGUCAUAAUUGUAUAUAAAAAGAUUAAGAAAGGACAUCUUUAAAUCAUGAUUGCUUUUCUCCAAAAUUAUAAAGAAAUAAUAAAAAUGCAUGAUAGUGACUAAUUUUAAAUUCAGAAGAAAGUAACUUCCAUAAUAGUUGAUAGUCAGACAAUAAAUGAAAAAGAAGUGUAAUUGAAAAAAAAUAAUUAGAUUUUAUGAAAUAAUCAUAUAGAACAAAAAUAAGCAUUUUUCUUUAUAACCUAUAUUUAGCAGAAAAAUAAUCUGGGUUCAGUUUUUUUACAGAAAGUAUUUGUUGCACUAGUGCAAAAAGCAUAAAAAACAUUGAUUUCUUUAAAGUCUAUUUAGAUUAAAUGUGUUUGCAAAAAAUCUGUCUUUAUAGCAAUUCAUCAAUACAUUAAUAUAUUUACAAUAUUCAAAUAUCAUUCCAGAGAUAUAUUUGACAUUCCAUAUGUAAUUUUGAUAUUCCUUUGCUUUAACAUGUUUAUGUAUACAAUUCUACACUAUUUGUUCUAAACAUUGUGCAAUUAAAUUGUAUUUUAUAACAAUUCAAUAGUUAAUAAACUGUGAUUUUAUUUUUGA